AUGUCUAAAACAAAUGAAGAUAUUCAAUUAAAAAUGUCAAAAGCAAGUGUAGAAAAUUUACUUAAGAAGCGUGCUGUUAUGCGAGCUGCUGUUACGAGAGCAGUAAGUAAGCUAAAAACAGAACUGGCAAAGAGUGAGAUGGAUGCAAACAUCUUGGAAGAACUUGUAGAAAUAUUAACUUUAAAAUUUGAUAUGCUAAGCUCUGUAGAUAGACAAUUAAAAGAUAAUUUUGAACCGGACGAACUCGAAAAAGAAAUUGAAAUUUCGGAAAAAUAUCGCGAGAAAGUGACUGUUUGGAAAUUUCGAGCUACUAAACGAAUUAAUGAAAUGCGUCAGAAUUCGUUGGAAAUGAGUCGCAUCAGCGAAAAUCAAAAUAGAAGCUUUGAAACAGCCAGCAACAAUACUAUACGCGUUAAACUGCAGAAAUUGACUAUCGCGAAGUUUUACGGAGAUGUGAGCCAAUGGUUAAUAUUCUGGAACAGUUUUGAAUCUGCGAUACAUAAGAAUGAACUUUUGAAUAAUGUUGACAAAUUCAACUACCUAAAGGCGUAA